AUAGAGACAGCAGACCACGCAGUCCAACAAAGACCAGCAGCAAUAUUUUUUUUUUCCACAAAAAAAGAAAAAGGGAAAACAAAGGAGAAGAAAGAAAAAAAAAUAAACUGGAAAAAAAGCACUGUCGGCUUCAACCAGGCAAAGACCAUCACACAUAACCUCUAAUCCUUCUCUCUCUUCUCUCCGGUUUCUCUCUCUACGUAUCUUUUUUAUCUUUUGCAAUUUUUUUUUUUUUUUACUGAAAGUUUUAUUUGUAUUUUGGAGAUUAGUUCUGUGGGGUUUCACUAUAUUCAAUCUCGAUUAUUCCCUCACUGUUUGCAAUUACAAAAUUGAUCGAUCAAUCCGAGGAUUUCGUACAUAGUUUAUUUAAAUUUUUAUUCUGGAGCUGGAAUUAGUCUGUUACUUGAGCUGGAGUUCGCUUUGGGGGUUGAUUAGUACUGGGAGACAUAGUAAUUUGAGUAAUUGCAUAUGGAAAUGGCUGACUUCCCUAGGGUUUGGAUAUUUGGGAGCAAAAAGUUUGGUAAUUAACAGCUCAGGUGUGACUUCAGUUAAGUAAAAGUUUCUGUUUGGUUGGCAGAACUUACGAUAGACAACUUAUAAAAGUUUAAGAAUUUCCAGAGGCGCUCUUAUGGCCCAAGUUGCCGCAAAUCAUUUUGCUGCAGGCUCGCACCCAGGGUCCUUAAAUGAUGCUCUGUAUAAAGAGCUAUGGCAUGCCUGUGCGGGGCCUCUUGUUACAGUUCCUCGUGAAGGAGAAAGAGUUUAUUACUUCCCGCAAGGCCAUAUGGAGCAGCUUGAGGCGUCUACACAUCAGGGUCUAGAUCAUCAGCUUCCUUCAUUCAAUUUACCAUCUAAAAUUCUAUGCAAAGUCAUGAAUGUGCAACUGCGGGCUGAACAAGACACAGACGAGGUCUAUGCUCAGAUAACACUGCUACCUGAACCAGAUCAAAGUGAGAUCACAAGCCCUGAUCCACCGCUUCCAGACCUUCAGAGAUGCACUGUCCAUUCAUUUUGCAAGACACUUACAGCUUCUGAUACUAGUACUCAUGGUGGUUUUUCUGUACUACGGAGGCAUGCAGAUGAUUGUUUACCUCCUUUGGAUAUGUCCCAGCAGCCACCGUGGCAAGAAUUGGUUGCUACUGAUCUACACGGCAAUGAAUGGCAUUUCAGGCACAUCUUUAGAGGUCAACCUAGACGUCACUUGCUAACAACUGGCUGGAGUGUAUUUGUCAGUGCGAAGAAAUUGGUCGCGGGAGAUGCAUUUAUUUUCUUAAGAGGAGAAAAUGGAGAGCUUCGAGUUGGUGUAAGGAGACUUAUGCGGCAGCUGAACAAUAUGCCAUCUUCUGUGAUAUCCAGUCACAGCAUGCAUCUGGGUGUUCUGGCUACUGCUUCACAUGCCAUUUCUACUAAAACUCUCUUUUCAGUUUACUAUAAGCCCAGGACAAGUCGAUCUGAGUUCAUUGUUAGCGUGAACAAGUAUCUUGAAGCUCGGAGCCAUAAACUUUCAGUUGGUAUGAGGUUUAAGAUGACUUUUGAGGGUGAAGAAGUUCCUGAAAGAAGGUUUAGUGGAACAAUUGUGGGUGUUGGAGAUAACACAUCAUCGAGAUGGCCUGAUUCUGAUUGGAGGCAUCUGAAGGUUCAAUGGGAUGAACCUUCAUCCAUUUUGCGCCCUGACAGAGUUUCACCAUGGGAGAUAGAACCACUGGUUGCAGCCACUCCCCCAAAUCCUCAGCCUGUACAGAGGAAUAAGCGCUCAAGACCUCCUGCUUUACCUUCUCCUAUGCAAGAUCUUUCCUCUUUAGGUGUGUGGAAGUCUACUGUAGAACCCUCAUAUAAUGAUCCAUCACGUGCCAACGACUUUUAUCCAUCCCCCAAAUUAUCUGCUGUAACCAAGGCCAGUGAGAACAAUAGCAAAUCAAUGUUUUGGUCCAAUCAAGUUGAGACAGUAACAGAGUCUGUUGCACCUGUUACUGAGAAGAGACAGCCUAAUGGGUAUAGGCUUUUUGGAAUUGAGUUACUUGAUCAUUCAACGGUUGAAGAAACAUCAGCUAUUGUUAAUUCUGGAACUGGCGUUGAGGAUCAACCAAUACUUUCCCGCGAUUCAGAUUCCGAUAGACUCUCUGAGCGCUCACAUCCCAAUAGGUCUGAUGUUCCUUCAGUUAGUUGUGACCCUGAAAAAUCUUGUCUAAGGUCUCCUCAUGAAUCACAAAGCAGGCAGAUCCGGAGCUGCACUAAGGUGCACAUGCAAGGCAUUGCAGUUGGGAGAGCUGUUGAUCUGGCAAGGUUGGAUGGGUAUGAUGAUUUACUAAAGAAAUUAGAAGAGAUGUUUGAGAUUGAUGGUGAACUGUGUGGGUUUACAAAGAAAUGGCAAGUUGUAUAUGCAGAUGAUGAGGAUGACAUGAUGAUGGUUGGAGAUGAUCCAUGGCAUGAAUUCUGCGCUAUGGUGAGAAAAAUCUUUAUCUACACGACCGAAGAAGCUAAGAGGCUUUCACCGAAGAUAAAGCUUCCUGUUGGUGAGGUCAAACCUGGAAAGGCAGCUGCAGAUGCUGCUGGCGCCGAGGAGCAGUCAUCAAAUGUGGGGUCUGGUUACUGA